CGCAAUUAAUAAGCAUAAUUUAUUUGAAAUGAUAGGAACUGUAGAUGGAAAUAAAAAUACAAUGAAUCUUUUUAAAAUAAGGACUUUGCCACCAUUUCACUUUCCUUCCUCCACCAAAAACAAAAACGAAAAACAAAAAAACCAGAGAGAAAGAGAGAUAGAGAAAUUUUUGGUUUGGUUCUAGGGAAAAAUGGUGGCCGCCAAGUUAUCAUACGAGGAGUCUCGACAGCAGAGGAUGGAGGAAAACAAGAAGAGAAUGGAGGCACUGAAUCUGCCCCAGCUUGCUCAGGCACUAAAAGCCCCAUCCUUUCCUAAACCCUCCCCUAUGAAGCGAGCAAAGCCUCGGACAGUCGAGAAGCAGAUGGUUGUGGUGAGGAGGUCCUCUCGCGUCGCAAACCUGCCUACCCCUGUUUACAAAGAAAUUGCUGUGGAUCCAUUGAGGAUGCCCAGAAGGCAUUCUACUUCGAAGCAUAGGGAUUUGUCGAACCGGGUAUAUGCUUCAGAUGAAGCAAGAGCUGAGGCGACAGAGAGAGCCGAGGAAUUAGAGUCGGGUUUGGGAUCCGAUCACCCGACCUUUGUGAAACCCAUGCUCCAAUCACAUGUCACUGGUGGAUUCUGGCUGGGUCUUCCAAUCCAUUUCUGCAACAAGAACCUCCCAAAGCGCGAUGAAUCGGUGAUAUUGGUAGAUGAAGAUGGUGACGAGUACCAGACUGUAUACUUGGCCAAUAAACGAGGACUCAGUGGUGGGUGGAGAGGGUUUGCAAUUGCUCAUGAAUUGGUGGAUGGGGAUGCAUUGGUGUUUCAACUAAUCCGGCCUAAAACAUUCAAGGUGUACAUUAUAAGGGUGGAAAGAACUUAAGAGGGCAACCAGAUUACUAUUGAACUUUUGGCUCAAUGUUGGGGAUUGUUUUGUGAUCUUUCUUGUAGAGAGGUAGAAUUUACGUUUUGGUUCUCUCUUUCUUUUGCAGCUUAUGCAUUGACCAAAGAAAUAGCAAUUUGUGACCCGAUUUCUAUCGCUUCGUCGUCGUUUAGACCAUGAAUGACAUUAAGAAUUGUAGA